AUGCUUUUGGGAUUGCAUUUUACGGAAGCACACUUGGCCGUGUUAGAUUCCGCGGAAAAUGAAAGCAAGUUUCACGAGUGGAUAUAUAAGGAGUAUUUGGGAGGUCUCUGGUUAAGCUUCCACGAUCUGUUUGAAAGAGGGUCAUGGACCACCGUGACCAGCCAGUUUGUCGACAAGUUGGAGUAUAAUCCAUGGGCUGAAUACGAGCCGAGUAUUACAAACGAAGAGAACCGCUGUGGGAUGCUCAGGAAAAAGUACGGCUUCAAUGAUGGAGCCGAGUCCAACGGAAGUGAUAAACGGUUUCCGUUCAUCUGCGAAAUCAAUAUGUGUAGUGCGUUAGAUCAGAGUGUUUCGAAUAAAGAGCUGGUAAAUUUGUGUUAA